AUGACAUCCAACGGAGACAGCUCUCACUUCCAGAGGCCCUUUGAUUCCACAACCCUGCUCAACUUAGAUCUCUUCAAAGUCUCAACCGACGAUGCAACCAGAGAUGAGAAGAUCGCCCUUGCAUACCAUCGAGCCCGCGCGAUAGCAAGAGCCUACGCGUUCAAAAUGGAAGAUGUACUGUGCCUGAGCGACAGAUUCUGGCAGUUUCACCAGGACAUGAUCCACACUCUAGAUUCGGCUGCUUUCAGUUUGUUGGCCAUCCAGUACAAUCUCUGUGUGGGGACUCUGGCUCCCUUUCUUAGCCAUAGAAAGGACCUUGAGUCUCUUAUCGAACCACUACUCAACUUUGAGGUUUCAGGACAGUUCCUUCUGACAGAGGUCGGACAUGGUUUGGAUGCUCAGGCCAUCGAGACUGUGGCUACGUUGCUUCCUGAUGGCGCCUUGGACCUUCAUACACCGACUCCGGAUGCAGCCAAAGUCCUCCCGGGACGAGCUGGAUCCAAACCACUCGACCAUUGCAUCACAUCCUUCAAGCACGUCCGGCUCCCACACUCAGCCCUUCUCGGAUCGCUCGAUGCACCACGAGACCCACGAAAGAGCUUCCGAUCUGCUAUUCAUCGCGUCUACAUUGGCACGCUAUCUCUAUCCACAGUUCUCAUAUCGGCGCUGAAAAGAUCGGUUUACGUAGCGGGGAAAUAUAGUUUUCGUCGAUAUAUAUGGGGACCCAGUCAUCGGCCCCGACCGAUUAUAGCAUUCCGAACACAACAGCGUCCUAUUGUUCAUGCAUUAGCUCAGAUCGCUGUCUUCGAUCCCUACGCACAGGAAAGCAUCCGACAUUACAUGGACCCGAAAAUCCCAUAUAUCGUGCGUCAGGGUAUUGCAGCCGCUUUCAAAGCCGUUCUCACUCGCGCAACGCAGGAAAGCCUGCAUCACCUAGCUGAGCGCUGCGGGGCUCGCAGAAGGGAGGAAUUCAGCGCCCGUGUACUUCCCCGAUGCCAGACGCUGGUUGAGGCUGUCGGUCAUCGGCUGGCAUACGAGGCGGCCUUGGAUGCUGGUGUGGCGUCAGAAUUGCUUGAUCUCUAUGAGGCUGGUGUGGUGCUUCAACAUUCGGGGUGGUUUGUGGAGAAUUUGACACUGGAUACUGAAACGCAGUUUAAUAUGGAGAUGCAAGCAAUGAACGGAAUACUGCCUCGGCUGAAGGAGUUGUUAGAUGCAACCGGUGCGGAGCCGUAUUGUACGGCGCCCAUCGUGUCUGAUGAAUCUUGGACGGAGUUUACUCGCAGCCUUGAAGUUCAUCAGGGCAAUGCUCGAAUGGAUAUCUGUGAGUAUGAUUCGGAGCUGGCAGAGAGCAUUAGUAUACUUGGGUUUCUUCCAGACAGUGGAUAG